AAAUACAAAUAUAAAUCACUGUUAUUUAAGGCAACUUACUGAGCUCUUUCCUUAAAUUCUUUAGGUGACCUAAAUAUAAUAACAUGGAAAAGGAUAAUUAUACGGUUUUAACAGAGUUUUUCAUGGUGGGGCUUUCUAAUUACCCAACACUGCAAAUGCUUCUUUAUGUGCUCUGUCCGUUGAUGUACUUGGUGAUUCUUCUGGGAAACAGUAUCCUCAUUAUCAUAAGCAUUCUGGAUCCCUGCCUCCACAAUCCUAUGUAUUUUUUUCUUGGGAACCUUUCCUUUCUGGACAUCUGCUACACAUCCUCCACUAUCCCUCAAAUGCUAGUUAGCUUUACAUCUGAAAGAAAAUCCAUCACUUUCAUUGGAUGUGCCCUGCAGUUGGUCAUUUCCCUUGGACUUGGGUCCACAGAGUGUUUGCUGUUGGCAGUAAUGGCUUUUGAUCGAUAUGUAGCCAUCUGCAAUCCCCUAAGAUACACCAUCAUCAUGAACAAGAGGCUCUGUGUGCAGAUGGCUGCUUGGACCUGGACACUAGGAUUUUCAGUCGCCCUUACACAGUCUGUGCUUGUUCUUAUAUUGCCUUUUUGUGAAAACAUUAUUGACCACCUUCUCUGUGAAAUUCCUGCUCUUCUCAAACUUGUCUGUGUAGACAUUUCCCUCAAUGUAUUUAUUAUGAUAAUUGCAAGUAUCAUUCUUUUAAUCACUCCUCUCCUGUUUAUAUUCUUUUCUUAUGUCUUUAUCAUCUCCACUAUUCUGAGAAUUAAAUCUACUGAAGGAAGGCAAAAGGCCUUUUCCACUUGUUCAGCCCACCUGACAGUAGUGAUCUUGUUCUAUGGCUCUGCUCUUUUUAUGUACAUGAAGCCCAAGUCAAAAGACACUAAGCUUUUUGAUGAACUCUUUGGGUUGUCUUACUGGGUUAUCACCCCAAUGCUGAACCCCAUUAUCUAUAGCCUGAGGAACAAGGAGGUAAAAGAGGGUGUGAAGAAAGUGUUCAUCAGAAAUCUGUACUUAAGGACAAUGUGAAAUAUAAAGCUGACCAGUUGGGCUCUUUUGUUUGUGAGAACCUGGUUCUCUAUAUUCAAACUCAAACUCCUUGGUAUCAGUACGCUAAGAAUGCUAAAAAAAACCUUUACAAGGGAUCGUCAUCCUUUUUCACACAGAAUAAGCAUUUCUGAAGCAUAGUUCUACUGCAAGGACUGUUAAUUUCCCAUCUCCAUCUCUGCUUGAUUUUAUGGGGUUGAUUAUGAAUUUUGUUAAGUGUCAUAUGUAUCCACACACAUAUAUUGCUAAAAUUUUGUAGUUAGUUAAUAAAUUAUAUUUGUAU